AUGAGUCUCACACCUGCCAUCAAGGCAAACCUCCAAGGAGAUGUUUGGCCCGGUCUCCCCAAGAAGUUUCAAUCAUUCAUGUUCUUCCAAGUCAAGAACAAUGCUGCUUUCAAGUCUCGUCUGAAGACUUUCAUCCCCAAGAUCACCACGGCCAAAGAUGCCUGUGCUAUGAACGAGGUCAUGAAGAAGGCCAAACAGGAUGCCUUAAAAUCAAAGACAUCAGUCAAGCUCGAGCCUUUGCCCGGAAUCAACAUCUCCUUCACGUCCACUGGCUUGGAGGCACUCGGUGCCUUCAUUAAUGUCAAUGAUCAGGCGUUGGUGAAGAAGGACAGAAAACUCUCUACGAUCUUCCGCCAAAAGCAGCUACGCGGAGGUCUCUUCGAGAAGGGUAUGUUCGCUGAUCUUGUGGGUGAGGGAUGGGACACCCCCGAGGAGCUCCGCAAACACUACCACCCUGCUCGUGAAAACGGCAGAGCUAUCGAUGGUGUGAUUAUGGUUACCUCGAGUGUCAAAUCCGAUUUGGAGAACAAAAUCAGUGAAGUGAAGCAGCACUUCCUCGCUGAAGAAGGCGAGCCCCUCAACCCCGACACAUAUGUCGUCAGCAAAGAUCCUUCCGUCGAGUUCACAUUCUCUCGUGACGGAAAUGUCCGCCCCGGAAUUCACAAGGGCAAGGAGCACUUCGGAUUCAAGGAUGGAAUCAGUCAGCCUCUUCUUGAGGGCUGGGAUGAGAAGGUGCCCCAGGGCAAGGAGCCUGUCGCCACAAAGCCAGGAAUGAUCGUUUGCGGAUACGACGGCGACGACAUGCAACAGCCCGCAUGGGCCAAGGACGGCAGUUUCCUUGUCUUCCGUGAUCUGCAACAGCAGGUUCCUGAGUUCGAGGAAUUCAUGAACCAAAACGCUAAGCACGCACCAUUCACCAAGGACCACCCCAAGCCAGGCGAGAAGCUCGCCGCUUACCUGAUGGGUCGGUGGAAGAACGGAACCCCCGUUGACGAGUCUCCUCACGAUGACACCAACGAGGCUUUGUUCGAAUCCAACAACUUCGACUUCGCACCGGUCACCGAGCACAACAAGUGUCCCUUCGCCGCACACAUCCGCAAGAUGAGACCCCGUGCUGACUUGGAACACGACCACGCCGUCAUCAUGCGUCGCGGAAUCCCCUACGGCGAGUGUGUCACUGACGCUGAACUGGCCGCCAAGAAGACCGCCGAAGACAAGGAGCGUGGCCUCCUCUUCGUUUGCUACCAGAGCGAUAUUCGAAAUGGAUUCAACUUCCUUACCACCCGCUGGGCUAGCAACCACUACUUCCCCGACCGCAAGACCAACUUCGUCGGUGAUGACGGACCUGGUAUCGAUGCCAUUGUCGGUCAGCGACUUGAGCACCACCCCGAGCGUACCAUUGGUCUGCCCGAUGGCCAAACUCCCACCAAAUCCCGCAUGAAGCUGGACAGCUGGGUGUACCAGCGAGGUGGUGACUACUUCUUCACUCCGUCGCUUUCGGCCCUGAACAACGAGCUCACUGGUCCCGGAAUCUUCGACCAGGAAGCGUUGCAGCGCCUUCGUGAGGAGAACGAGGAUUAG